GAGGGAGGAGGGCCUGGGGUUCUGGGCUCCUGAGUCCAGGGGAAGCAGGAAGAGUAGGCGCCCAAAUGUCUGAUUAGCAACAGGGAAGGAAACCCAAAAGUUGAGGGUUGUUAUGUGGAACAGAGAAAGGAUCAGAGUAGAGGAAGCAAUUGCUUUCAGGGGGGAGGUUCAUCGGUUGGAGAUUUUGACACCAAGGUCUCCCUUCCCACCCUGUGCCAGCUCACUGGGGAAUUCCAGCAGCUGGCCUGGAGGAAGGGAGAGGGGAAGGCAAGUGACAGGAGGAGGCAGGUCACCACAGCCCCAUACCCAGCAGCUUAAGGACAGAAACUGCACCCAGAAAGGAGUCUGACCUGUGGGCCUGGCUUCUGGGGCCUCAGAGGAGAUAAGAGCUAGGAGGCUGGACCCCAGGGGCUAGAAACCAAUGCAGGAAUUCUAGAAGCGACUGGGACUGCUGGGUCCCCAAGGGAAGAAGGGUAGAGAGAGCUAGAGGCUCAGCAUCUGGGUCCUGAGCCCGGCAUGUGGGGUUACCUGUCCCUGCUGCCUGCCUUCCUGGCCCUUUGGGCUACUGCUGGAGUCUGGACCGUUUUUGCCCUUGCCGUGACCAACAGGUCUGUGAACCUCACCGAAGGUUUCCCCUAUAUCAGCCUCUGUGGAUCUUACCCCCCUCAGAGCUGCAUCUUCAGCCAGCUGCUGAACAUGGGAGCUGCUAUGGCCGCCUGGAUCUGCAUUAUCCGUUACCACCAGCUCCGGGACUGGGGAGUCGGAAAAUGGUUUAACCAGCUGAUCCUGUGGACGGGGCUCCUGUGUGCCUUGGGCACCUCCGUGGUGGGCAAUUUCCAGCAAAAGAACCAGCUGCCCACGCACCUGAUAGGGGCCUUCUUCGCCUUAUUCGUGGGCAACCUCUACUUCUGGCUGCAGCUUUUUCUCUUCUGGCGGAUGAGGAGCCUGCCCCAGCCUGGGGCCCCCUGGAUCAGACUGCUCCGCCUGGGCCUCUGCAGCCUCUGCACCAUCCUCAUGGUGGCCAAGUGGUCAUCCUCCAUUCCUGGCCGCUGCGCUCGGCCUCCGCUGCGUGCGAGUGGGCCAUCGCCACACUGCUGUUCGCGCUCUUCGGCCUGUUUGCUGUGGAUUUUUCCUGCCUGGACGGCUGCACCCUGUGUCUCCAGCCGGGCCCCAGCCUCAGCCCCCCGCCGGCCUCCCCCAUCUCCCUGCAGAUCCCCCUGUGAACGGCAGUCCGGGCGGGGUGGUCUGGUCCCGGUGCUGCUGCUAGGGCCACCCAGGAAAGACACGGACGCAGGCAGGGUCACGCGAAACCAGAAUUCCUUCCGGAGAGCAAAUCCGUACAGAAGGUUGUGAGAGGAAGGGGGAGAGCCGGGGAAGGGGGGCCCGGGAAGGAGGAGUUGGGGACACAGGGACAGAUGGCCCUCUCCGUCCGGAUCUGCUAAGCCACCCCGACCAGCCCCCGUCCCUCCCCCACCCCACCCCGCA